AUGAAUCAACAUUUGAAUGAGCACUACAGACAGCGUCGUGGUUUUAUCAACGGUGUCGGAUAUCUUGCUAACUCUCUGUUCGGAGUAUUAGAUGAACAUUUCGCAGAAAAAUACUCGCAAGACAUAGAGCUUGUAAAACUUAAUGAACAGGACUUAGUGAGUUUAUGGAAAAACCAAACUUCGAUCGUCGAAUCUGAAUACAACUUACUAAAAAGAACAGAAGAAGUCAUGUCUAAGCAGCAUAUGUAUCACUGCUGUGGCACCUGCGAAGUAAAGGUCAUGUGCGGAGAACAUAUUGUCUUGAAACAGUUGAAUAACACUGGUCGUCUGUAUCUAGAGCCAGGUUGCCUUAUAAAGGGAUCAGAUUAUACACUUCAUAUACCUAAAACAAACAACAAUAAGCUGGAGAUUCAGUCUAACAUUUACGUUCCAAUAAUAGAUCCGAUAAAUAAUAUCAUAAACAGCUCUCUUCUCAACACUGAGAACCUGAAUGUCAGCGAGUCUAAAGAUUUGCAGAACGCUCUCCAGAAACUACACGUGCGUAUUGAAGAUCUAGAAAACUCCCCGCCAGUAUUGGAGACUUCAUUAACAUCUCACGAUACUCAUCAAUAUGUGAUAACAUACAUCAUCGUCAUCGUCAUCGUGCUGGCUACCGGCGUGCUACUCUGGCGACGACGACGGUUGAGUGCGAACCGGGCGAUCAUCUCUGACGAUCGAGCUUCAACAGUAUAGUGAAUGUGAAAAUGUAAAUAGUGCUAAGGCAGGGUUUAGUGCGCGACUUUCUGUGGUGGACCCUCCGCCUGGUGAUGUGAACAUUUAUGCCAAAGCGUCAAACAAAG